GUGCUGAUUAAUGACUACUGGGAAUUAGAAUUAGUGGUCGGGAUCCUCAGCCACUAGGCUCCCAAUGAUGCUGCCCCACUGACCACACACGCUCUGGGUUACUACGACGACGAGCAGUCUCACUCCACAUCGGAUCAGGAAUCUCUGUGUGACUCCCAGGAUGUGAACUCUACCAGGACCGAGUUUCACAGUGGUCAGCCUUCAACACCUCUGACCAUUAUGCUGCGUCCGCAAGAUAUUGUUCAGGAAUAUCAGCCUAAGCUGCUUAGUAGGAGAAGACCUUCAGAGACCGGCCCAGCCCCCGCCCCCCCGCUCGGUCCCCCCAUACCCUCCGAUGCGUAGAGCGGAUAACAAGUCCCCCUCCCCCCCCUCCCCCCCCUCCCCCCCCCUCCCUCCCCCCGUCUAAUCCGCAAAUCAUCCAAUGAAAAGUAAGAUCCACAAAAAAGUGUAUCCUCCUAUUCUGGGAAAAGAAGGAAGCGGCACACUGAAGUUAGGGCUAACUGGGCUAAUGGGCCCACUCCACCUUGAGAGGAUUCAACUCAUCAUUAAGGACAAUCUUUUAAGUCUUUGAAAAUAUUUGGCAGCCUUUGGUUUCUUAUCUUGCAGGACAAGGCGAGUCUUGAAUGCUGUCUGGGGAGGGUUGUUGGUAGGGGGAUUAAGGCCUUUUUUUAUUUUAUGUCUUUUUGUUUAAAAGGAGCACUGUUAUAAUGACAAUCUCGUGGCUUGAUGUUUUGAAAUGACGCCUCAUAAUAAAAACACCUGAAACAAGAAGUAAGAUCCGAACCUGAGACAAAGAUGGCCGUCCUGAGGGUGACGUUCACCAAGUUCCGGCGCGACAAGCUGGCCCAGGUGCUGUGGAUCCUGAACUGGGUUUCCGUGGUGACGGGCCUGCUCCUCUUCAGCCUGGGGCUCUUCCUCAAGGUGGAGAUCAAUAAGCGCUGGGAGCUGAUGGCAGAGCAGGACGUCCACCAGGUGCCCAACAUGCUGAUCGCCGUGGGCCUGGUGGCCUGCGCCAUCAACUUCCUGGGCGGCAAGAUCUGCUACGACUGCGUGGACAGCUCCAAGUUCCUGCGCUGGAAGCUCAUCCUGCUGCCCUACAUCGUGUGCACCUUCUUCUUCACCUUCUCCGUGCUGGCUGGCGCGCUGCUGUGCUACGGCAUGCGGGGCCAGCUGGAGCAGGCCCUGACGCUGGGCCUCACCCAGGCCAUGCGCUUCUACAAGGACACGGACACGCCGGGCCGCUGCUACCUCAAGCGCACCGUGGACCUCCUGCAGAUGGAGUUCCAGUGCUGCGGCAACGCCGGCUACAAGGACUGGUUCUACAUCCAGUGGGUCAGCAACCGAUACCUGGACAUGUCCCAGAAGGAGGUGGUGGAUCGUCUGAGGAGCAACGUGGACGGGCAGUACCUGGUGGACGACGUCCCGUUCAGCUGCUGCAACACCCUCUCCCCGCGGCCCUGCAUCCAGGAGCACAUCUCCAACGCCACGGCCCACUACAACUACGAGCCGCAGACGGAGAGCCUCAACCUGUGGAUGCAGGGCUGCCGCCAGGCCCUGCUCAGCUACUACACACACAUCAUGCAGUCCAUCGGCCUCACCGUCCUCAUCAUCUGGCUCUUCGAGCUGUCCGUGCUGACGGGGGUGCGCUACCUCCAAACCUCCCUGGAGAACGUGCUGAAGCAAGGGGACCCCGACUGUGAGUCGGAGGGCUGGCUGCUGGAGAACAGCUUCGCGGAGACGGCUCGCUCCAACCUCAACAUCAUCAAGAACCUGGGCAAGUGCAACCAGAUCGACACGGCAGAGAACGGCGACCGCAACCUCAACGUCCCCCCCUGCACCCCCUCCCCGGCCCGCUACGGCCCCGACAACAUGCCGCCCACUGAACAGGCCAAGGGCAGCUAACAUGGGCUGAUGUUUACAAAGACUGGGGCCCCUCCACGAGCAGGUCAACACACUGGGCUACUGAACCCAGUAGGUCAACACACUGGGCUACUGAACCCAGCAGGUCAACACACUGGGCUACUGAACCCAGCAGGUCAACACACUGGGCUACUGAACCCAGCAGGUCAACACACUGGGCUACUGAACCCAGCAGGUCAACACACUGGGCUACUGAACCCAGCAGGUCAACACACUGGGCUACUGAACCCAGCAGGUCAACACACUGGGCUACUGAACCUAGCAGGUCAACACACUGGGCUACUGAACCCAGCAGGUCAACACACUGGGCUACUGAACCCAGCAGGUCAACACACUGGGCUACUGAACCUAGCAGGUCAACACACUGGGCUACUGAACCCAGCAGGUCAACACACUGGGCUACUGAACCCAGCAGGUCAACACACUGGGCUACUGAACCCAGCAGGUCAACACACUGGGCUACUGAACCUAGCAGGUCAACACACUGGGCUACUGAACCUAGCAGGUCAACACACUGGGCUACUGAACCUAGCAGGUCAACACACUGGGCUACUGAACCCAGCAGGUCAACACACUGGGCUACUGAACCUAGCAGGUCAACACACUGGGCUACUGAACCUAGCAGGUCAACACACUGGGCUACUGAACCCUUCCGCGACCAGCAGGUCAACACAUUUCCUUUACAUCAUGUGUUUUUAUAUUUAUAUUUGAGUGGUUUAGGUUUUGACAACAGGGGGUUUGGUGUUACACCCCAUUGGCCUUUUAGCCAUAGAUCAAAAUAGGUGGUAACGUUUGGAUUAAGAUCGAUAUUGUUCACCCACUCUUGUUUUGUUAUUUUACAAUUCUCUGCAGAACUGUAACUCCUUAAAAUACAUCUCAUGGCCUACAAAGCAUAAGUGUCUCCACCCACAGCUGUCUUUAGCAGCAGAUGCACGCUGCCUGUAUGAGGAAGAAGUGUUAGUGAGGACUGGUUGUUUUUAAUAGGGUAGUUGUUCUGUAAUACCAAUCACACAUUGAGUGAUGUCUACAGGAGAUAGGGUUAUGACAGCCACAGCCUCCACUGCAUCACUUGUUUGAUAUAAACAUUAUCCAACAAAAAACGGUAAACAUAUUUUAUGAGAAUCAAAAUGGCCUUUCGGAGAAUCUGCCUUAGGACAACGGGGAACUGCAGAAAAAGAAAAAAUACAGAAAUGAAUUGAAGAUUAUGGAUCCAAAUGGUAGCUCCACUCUGGCACAUACCAAACACAAAUAACAGAUGUUUAAAUGUUUUAUGGAACUCGAUAAGUGUUGGUUAUGAACUGUUGUUUCUGCUCUAAUAAAUCUUUAAAGAUCCCAUAUCAUGCUUUUUUAUGGUUAAUGAUUGCAUUUGUGGGUACUAGAGUAGAGAAUAGGGUUUCCUUCCUGAAUGUUAAAAAUACCCCUUAUUGUUCUCACUGUUCAUUCCUGCAAAACCAAUUUCAGCGUCUAUCAAAAACGUUCCGGUGAUCAGCUGCCAGGAAGUGAUUUCAGCCGCGGGAGCGCGCACAGCCUGUUAAAGCUAGGCUAUAUCGCCUCGAAACGUGAGUGCGGCAGCAAAGUCUGAUCCGUACUAGUCAAUAGCACUACAGGACUAUUGUCCGCUGUAUUAACACAGAUAUGUAUUUUAAGGUGACAAGACAUCGACGUUGUACAGGGAUCGACGUCUGAUCAGUCAUACUAGUCAAUAGCACUACAGGACUAUGUCCGCUGUAUUAACACCAGGGGCGAUUCUAGGUUGCAUAAACAUCUGGGGCUUAGCCCAGAGGAAAAAUAAAAGUAUCCCUUUGGGCAUACUAUUUUAUUUUAUUUUUUUGUCUGCUUUAUUGUGCAUGCAAAUUUUUUCUGGAUGCUUUACCUAAAUAAACAAAAAUACGCGGUUUAUUAUAGCUUUAAAUAGCUACCUGACUGCUUUGCU